CCCGUCGACAAGGUUUAUACUGGGUUACGAGAUCUUUUAAGCAUCUUGCUUGGACUUUACCUGUCUGGUGGUUCUCGAGCAAAACCACUUUCAGAAUGGCACUAACAGAAAGUAGUAGCCUAAAGGAACGGACGUGUUUUUUUACCGGCCUGUUACGAGCCUGGCAACAUUCUGUAUCAGUAUUUUGGUUGCCGUCUGAUAGACGGGCUGUGAACCAAACAUCAAAGUAAUCCUGCUUGCUUGAGACAAACUUGUUCAAGUUUUUAUGGAUCAUGUUUUGACAUCAAAGCUCUUAAAAGAGAAGUUGUUGAAUGGAGUUGAUGGUGAGCCAUGAUUUAAGGAUAAAAUACUUUUUGGAUGGAUUCAAUUUUUCAGAGACAAUGGGACGAUUAUUAAAAGGUCUCCUUUCUAUGGCCAGGGUACCAUGGCUGCUGUCCAUCUUGUUACUGCUGGUGCUCCAGGCGCCAAGGGUAGCCCCCACUCCGACGCAGCACCUCUGCGGCUCCCACCUGGUAGACACCCUGUACUUCGUAUGCGGAGAAAGGGGCUUUUUCCACAGUUCGAAACGACUCCACAAGAGGGAUCUGGAACACUUGCUAAGGUUCCUGUCUAAGAAAACCAGACAAGAACAACAGCUGUGGAGGAAGUUUUCUGGCAGCGACGAGCCCAAGGUGAAGAGAGGCAUUGUGGAGCAGUGCUGCCAUAAGCCAUGCAGCAUUUACCACCUGGAGGGCUACUGUGACUGACCCGCUCACUCCACAUUCACACACACAACCACUCACAGCUUCAUAUUUGGCCAAAUAUUUGCUGGCUUUGUUUAAAUGACUGCAGCAAAUAAAGCUUCAUGACCCACAACCUCAGACUCCUCUUUGCAAAGAUGUGACUUUGUACUUUUUGUCUAUGGAUAUCAUUUUGCAGUCGUCUUUUCAACAUGACUGCAAUCCUACACUGCCCUCUGUUGGCAGAUGCCAGAAUUAGCCAGUAAGAUUCAAACAACUAAUGUUUAAAAGACCACUUUAUUUACAGAUGAAUAUUUGCAACCCAAAAAUACCACAUAAUUUUCUACUCCUGCUAGGUACUUAGCAUUUAUGACUAUUUUUGGCUCCAAAACUAUGACUUUAAAAUGUGUUAUUCGUUUUCAAACAAACAUAUUAAAUAUUUAUUUUAAACUACUUUAAAUGACCAUUUCAAGCAAAAGGCAACAACUGUUAAUCUAUUUUAAGAAUCAUUAAUUUCCAAAGAAAAAUAUUCUGUAAUUACGGUUCUCGGCUAGUAGAAUCUCCCCAAUGUGCGAUUUUCUACAAGGGAA